AUGGCGCAGCCCUCCGCCGAGGAUGUCGCCAAGUUCCUGGAUGUGGCCCCGGACGACCCGAUGGUCCUCGAGCACCUGGCGGCUGCAAGCCAAAUCGACGACGCCGCGGCCAGGACCGCGCGCCGGCUGGGCGACAGCGGCGCGCCGGGGACGAAUAGCUGGGCGCGAGUCCUCAGCCGCAGAGCAAGGCGCGGCGCCAAUCGCGCGCCCGCGCCCCCGCCGCCGACGCCCGAUUCCCGCGACGACGAGGCCGCGGCGCCGGCGACGGCGCGCGGCCGCCUGCUGCAAAGCGCCGGCGCGACGGCGGUCCGUCGCCGCGCCAAGACCCCCGCGACCCGCCGCCCCCAGCCGGACGCCGGCAAGCUGACGCGCAGCGGUCCCAGGAAGCAGCGCAAAGCGAAAGAUGACGACGACGACGACGAGAUGUCCUCCGAGCGGCCGCUGAGCGCUGAGUCGGCGGCCACGGCGCCGGUGCAGAGCGACUCCACGGGCGACGCCUUGGAUGUGCUCGCGCAUGGCGUCGAUCGGAGAUGCUCGCUGACGCGCAAGGACGCGCCUGACGCGCUGACGGCCUUCGCGACGGAGCCUACUGAAGCGAAGGCCAUGGACACGUCGGACGAGUCGCUGGACAACUGGGCGCGGUUGAGAAAGGUCACGUCCGUGGAGAGCCUGUCGAAGAUGCCCCCGUCUGCGCGAGUCGCAGACGAGCUGAAGCUGCUGGCGGAGGCCGUUAUGCGGGGCUCGUACGUGAACACGUGCGCCUCGCUGGAUACGAACCAGCCCACUGCUGCGUUGGCCGUCAAGGUCAUCCGGAGCUUGGCCGGGCUGGUGGGCAUCGACGAUGCGCUGGCGGUCUUCGACGCGAAGGAGGAGGACGUGGUGGAGCGGGCGCGGUCGAGGGAGGCCACGUUGCGGGCGGAUGCGACGUACGUGAAAGAGGCCAAGGCGCGUGCGGCUGAGGAGGCGCGCCUGGCGGCGCUCGCUUCUGCGAAGGCGGCGCCGAAGUCUGUAAAGAAGGUCGUGACGGAGCUCGGCCUCUCGUUCAAGAUGCGGCCCAAGUGCAGCCAGGCUUGUGUUAACAAGCGCCGCAACGAGACAGGCUUGGUCUGUACCUGCAAAGCGUCAAACUCGUGGUCGUCUUCCGUGAAGUUGGUGGACAUUAAGGGCAAAACGCGGGUCACACUGUAUUUUGAUAGUGGGACGCCAUACGUGGUCUACAGCCUCUCCGCUUUAAAAUCGCGCUUUCGGCCGGCAGGCGGUGGUAGUGGAGAGGAAGCCGUGGCCCGUCUGCAGGAAGCGGCGCGCGCGGCAAGGGACAAGGCUGGAUGGAAAGGUGAUGUGAAUCUGGCGUCGGAAUAGACUCGGGGGUCUUGGGUAAGCUGCUGU